AUGAAGUUCCUCGUUGUCUUCCUUACCUUGAUGACCGCCUCUGUGUGGGCAGUAGCAAUUCCAGCACCCGAGCCGGAGCCUGCUGUGGAAAACCCCAACCAGGGUGAAUUACGGAAUUACAGACCCGAGAUGCCGAAUGGGGAUUGGUUUAUGUCUUUGGUUACUUCGUUAAUCGCUUUCCGCAACUUGCGUUUUAACAAUUUGCCGUUGACAUCUUAUAUGGGAGAGAUUUCUCUUGAGUUUAUUUUACUCUCUUUUGGCCGAUGCAAGGGUGUGGAAUCCCCAGUUUCGCCAGAAUACCGCAGGGGUACCGACAGCAAUAAAACCCGAGGUUUUCUUCAAUAA